GAGCAGUGGUUGGGUCUUUGCCGCAUGACUGAAGGUGAGGAGGAGUCGUUCGGAGUAGAGACUAUGCUUGAGGAGUUGAGUGAGCCCUUGCGGGUUGUCUCCACUGUCGCUUUGGAUGAAGUUAAGAACUACGCUUCUCGUUGGUCAGAUGCUAUGCACAAGGAAGUGAAGGCCCUACUGGAUGCGGGAGCCCUGGUUCCUCUUACCGCGGAGGAGCAGAUGAAGUUGGAGGCCUCUGGGAAAAUUGUGGUGCUCCCUGCGAAGGGGGUGUUCACUACUAAGCCACCGGAUGUGGAAAGGACCGUUGAUGAUGAGGGUGUUCCGCUUCCCCGAGGCUCGCCGCACUUUGUCAAGCGCAAGGCGAGACUUGUUAUAUGUGGCAACUUUCAGGGCCGCCAAGCAAGAGAAGAUUCCUACGCAGGCGGCUGCCAAAUCGACUCCCUGCGUGCUAUGUUGGUUCUGGCAGCGUUUCGAGGUUGGCGCUUGGCGUCCACUGACAUUCGGAAUGCCUUCAUCCUUGCUCCGAUCAGGGACGAAGAAGAUGAUGAUGACGGAGGAGUCCAAGAUUAUGGAGCCGAUUCCGUGACCAGCGCCUACGUGAUGCUCGGGUACCGUGCGGCCCUGGACAUCUUCGACUACGGCAAAGUCGAGCAGAUGCAAAUGUGUGGGGAGGACGAGAUCCUUCUGGUCCAGCAGUGGUUGACCUCGGAAUGGAAGGCCUCGGAUCUUACCUGGGCCACCGAGGACUCGGUGCUUCGCUUCCUUGGUUUGGAGAUCAUGUUGGUGAAGGACGGGGUGAAGAUUGGCCAGCAAGCCUUUGUGGAGGAGUUGAUUCGACACCACAAGCUACAAGAAAGCAAGGGGUAUGGCACUCCUUGUCCUCAGGAGUGGCUGCUUGGUGAGUGCGAAGAGUCGACGGUGGACUAUACCCCUGAACAACUUCGUAGGGCUCAAACCCUUACUGGAGAACUCUUAUGGUUGAGUGGCCGGAGUCGUCCUGACAUCAUGCACAGUGUUUCAACCAUGUCGUCACUAUGCAUCAGAAACCCGGAGCUGGUUGAGAGGAAUGGGCUCCGUGUCCUGGGGUACCUGAAGGCUACAGCGGAGGUUUGUUUGUGGUACCGCCCUGUGAAUUCUGGGUAUGAGGUGACGGGCUACUCCGAUGCCUCCUUCGCUCCUCUUGGGACGCGAUCCGUGGGAUGCUCAGUUGCUUGCUACCUUGGAUGCCCUGUGAGUUGGCGAUGUGGCCGACAGAGCAUCGUCUCUUUGUCGGUUGCGGAGGCGGAACUACUUGAGGCAGUGAACUGUGUCCAGCUGAUGUUGGGACUGUCGAGCUUUGUGGAAGAGCUUCAACAUGACAAACCACGUCACUGCUUGCGAGUAGACAAUCAAGCCGCUGUCGGCCUUACGACCGAGAGCUCUGGGACGUGGAAGACGCGCCACCUUCGAGUGAGAGCUUUCGCCCUGCGUGAAGCAGUGCGUCAAGAAGAACUACGAAUCAGCCACAUCGAGGGCUUGCGACAGCUUGGUGAUUUGGGAACUAAGUGCUUCCACAAGCCCCGACUGGAGCAGCUUCGCGAUCUGUGGGGGUUGUGGGACGGAUGUCCUUCGGCUACUACGACUGGUGCGAGUGAAUCGUCUUCUACUACAACAACGAAGGCCUCUAUUGCAACCUCGGCUGUGAAUGAUGUUACUGGGACCCUUGCAAGGCUUACGUUGAUUUUGGGUUGGUUGGUUCAGGGGUCAAGAGCUUCUGAUGAUGGUCCAAAGCCGAACUUGGAGCUCAGCUUUGCUUGGGAGCUUUACGGAUUGGCCAUCCUGGCGGUGAUUGCGGCCAUUGGCGUCUGGGAACUAAUGAAGUGGCUCCUGGGGCGUCGCUUUGGUGCUCGUGAUGAUUUUUCCGAAUCCAAGGAGGCUCGGCGUCUUCGUAAACUACAACAGGUUGUGCAUGAAGACGUUGGGAAGUAUGGGCUGGAAGUGGGAGUGAAGGUAUCUUCGUCUACGGGGCCUGCUACUCCACAGAUGCCUGUGCUGGAAGCUCGUGAGGAGCGCCCUUCUUCGUCAAGGGCACGUCUUGUUACACGAGGCAGUCAAUCUGAUCCGUUUGAUGAUGGCAUGCGACAACAUGCUGGUCCUUUCUUUGCGAGUGAACAGGGUGAUCGAAUUCACCAUGACCCGAACUGUAGGGGCCUGCGGAACGCAGUCCAUCGCACAAGGCGUUUAACCCUUUGUGCAUAUUGCUAUCAGCGAUGUCCCCUGUACGUCUCGAAUGACUUGUAA